AUGGCCGCCGACGACGACCCCGACGACGUUGGUGGUGGUGGGGGCGGUGGCAGCGGUGGCGGCGGUAGUGGCGGAAGUGGAGGUGUGGGUGACGGUGCUGCUUCUCCGAAAUCGUCUCCAGCAGGAAAACCACCACCGACAACCUUGAAGCCGUCGGGUGUGCUACCGUCGGGAAGGGUGCCAUCAAGCGUGCCAUCAUCGGAUGCGCCACCGCCCGGAGUGACAUCAGUUGUGCCAGCGUCUGCCUUGCCAUUGCCUCCAUUGGGAGCGCCUACACCACAGCGUCCGGCUACUCCGCGACUGACAACAACGAUGACGACCACGACGACCACGACAACCACGACGACUACCACGACAACGACUACGACGACGACAACGACCACGACCACGACGACAUUUGCACCAUUCACAGAACUCAUCUGCACGGUUUCCGCCUUCGCGGUCUUCAGCACCAUGUACCCGCCGGAUGGCUUGUGUCACUACCUGUUCUACUGGAACGUGGUCGUAAGUCGCGGCACCAUGCGGGGCGUAGAGGUGUCGACUUCGUGGGACGUCUUUAAGAAAGAAAUGAUAAAGCGCAAGAAUACUUCCGGAGGCGUCAGUUUUGACUCCCGGUACGUGACUGCUGCUAGUAUCCGCUCAGUAGAGAAGGAGCUGGAUGAUCUGACCACGAAAAACAUCAUGCACUAUGGCGUUCUCAAUAUGUUGGCCACUCCAGCGAAAGCGCACGGCUUGUGGCAGCGGACCAAAGCGCUUCUUAAAGAACUCAAGACUAUACAAGGAAACGAUACCAACAAAAGCGUUAUACUGGCAAUGGGCCUAUACGAUUACGGCUCGCAGGGAGAAUAUUACGGCGACUUCACGGUUCUAUUCAGAGAAGCCAUCGAGUGA